AUGGAAUCGUCAUAUCAGAUGGAUACUUCAUGUGCACGAUGUCAAGAACUUCCAGAAGUACGGUCAAAAGUCGUACGUGUCUUUGUUAGUUCAAUAUUUUCAGGUGGGGUAUAUUAUACACUUAGUGAACGAGAUUCAUUAAUUGAUAAUGUCUUUCCAAAAUUAAAAGAUUAUUGUCGUGAAAAAUAUGGUCUUGAAUUUCAAUAUUCGGAUAUGCGAUGGGGCAUUGAAAAUGAGUCGACCGAUAAUCAUAGUGAAGUUGCAACUUGUCUUAAUGAAAUAAAAUUAUGUCAGAAAUAUUCAGUGGCUACCAAUUUUGUGGUCCUAUUAAGUCAUCGUUAUGGUUCACGACCAACACCAGCUACUAUUCAUGCAUCACUUUUUGAACGAUUGCAACAAAUUGUUGUUUCUGAUUUGAAUUUAACCGAGGAUGCUGAACUACUUUCUCAAUGGUAUCAAUUAGAUACGAAUUGUAUACCGGCUGCUUAUAUUCUUCGCCCAAUUUCGUCAAUGUUAUCAAACAUAAAAUCAGCAGAAUUAGAUGAAAUGAAAAAAGUUGCAAAAGAAUGGACAAAAAUAAAUAAUCGUAUUCGAACGUGUUUGCGACAAGCAGCAGUCAAAUGUUUUGAACAAGGUCAAAUCAAUGCAAAUGAAUAUGAUGAUUUUUUUAUAUCAGUUACCGAAAAGGAAAUAGUCAAUGGAAUUCUAUCAGUACCCAAUGCUAAUGAACGUACUUUAUGUUUUCUACGUAAAAUCGAUGGUAUUUAUGAUCAUUUAUCAGAUAGUAAAGCAUCGAGAUUUAUUGAUUUAUAUUAUUCCGAUGAUGGAAAACCUAUUAUUGAUCAUGAAGCUGAACAGUUACUCAAUCGUUUGAAAUGUACAUGUAUUCUAAAUGCAUUACAAUCCAAUAAUAUAUAUGCAUAUACUGUACAUUGGACACAAAAUGGUAUCAAUCGACAUGAUCAUGCUGAAUACAUAUCGAAAUUUAAUGAUGAUUUCUACGAUGCAAUAAAACAAUAA